ACCACCACCAUGGUGCAGAAAUCCCGCAACGGAGGUGUCUACCCGGGGCCAGCGGCUGAGAAGAAGCUCAAGGUGGGCUUCGUGGGGCUCGACCCGGGAGCUCCGGACUCCAGCCGGGACGGGGCGCUCCUCAUCGCCGGCUCCGAGAGCACCAAGAGGGGCAGCAUCCUCAGCAAACCCCGCUCGGGGGUCUCGGGCAGCGGGAAGCCCCCGAAAAGGAAUGCUUUUUACCGCAAGCUGCAGAAUUUCCUCUACAAUGUGCUGGAGAGACCGCGGGGCUGGGCUUUCAUUUACCACGCAUACGUUUUUCUACUUGUUUUCUCCUGCCUGGUGCUGUCUGUCUUCUCGACCAUCGAUGAGUACCAGAACAGCUCGGAAGGGGCUCUUUACAUCCUGGAAAUCGUCACCAUCGUGGUGUUUGGGGUUGAAUACUUUGUGAGGAUCUGGGCUGCCGGCUGCUGCUGCCGAUACCGGGGCUGGAGGGGAAGGUUAAAAUUUGCCCGCAAGCCUUUCUGCGUCAUCGACAUCAUGGUGCUGAUCGCAUCCAUCGCUGUGCUGGCGGCAGGAUCCCAAGGGAAUGUCUUUGCCACCUCAGCACUCAGGAGCUUGAGGUUCCUGCAGAUCCUGCGCAUGAUCCGCAUGGACCGGCGGGGCGGCACCUGGAAGCUCCUGGGCUCUGUGGUCUACGCACACAGUAAGGAGCUGAUUACUGCCUGGUAUAUUGGCUUCCUGUGCCUCAUUCUGGCCUCUUUCCUGGUCUACUUGGCUGAGAAAGGAGAAAAUGAGCACUUUGAUACGUACGCAGAUGCACUCUGGUGGGGUCUGAUUACUCUCACCACCAUCGGCUACGGGGACAAGUACCCACAGACCUGGAACGGGCGGCUGCUGGCAGCUACGUUCACACUCAUCGGUGUCUCCUUCUUCGCCCUUCCUGCCGGCAUCUUGGGUUCGGGGUUUGCUCUGAAAGUUCAAGAGCAACAUCGACAAAAACACUUUGAGAAGAGGCGAAACCCAGCAGCGGGCUUGAUUCAGGCGGCUUGGAGAUUUUAUGCCACCAACCUGUCUCGAACAGACCUGCACUCCACCUGGCAGUACUACGAACGCACCGUCACUGUCCCCAUGUACAGCACGCAAACGCAAACGUACGGUGCCUCCAGACUCAUCCCUCCUCUGAACCAGCUGGAGCUCCUAAGGAACCUGAAGAGCAAAUCGGGACUGACAUUCAGGAAAGAGCAGCAGCCUGAACCAUCGCCAAGUAAAAGCAAACCGUGCAGAGAGUCACUAUGUGGAUGCUGCUCAGGAAACUCUAGUCAGAAGGUCAGUUUGAAAGAUCGUGUCUUCUCCAGUCCCCGCGGUGCUGGCACCAAAGGGAAAGGCUCUCCACAGGCUCAGGGCAUCCGGAGGUCCCCCAGUGCUGACCAGAGCAUCGAGGACAGCCCAAGCAAAGUGCCCAAGAGCUGGAGCUUUGGAGACCGCAGCCGGGCCCGGCAAGCUUUCCGCAUCAAGGGAGCGGCGUCACGGCAAAAUUCAGAAGAAGCAAGCCUCCCCGGAGAAGACAUUCCUGAUGAGAAUAAAAGCUGCAACUGUGAGUUUGUGACAGAAGAUUUGACACCAGGACUGAAAGUCAGCAUCAGGGCAGUGUGCAUUAUGAGAUUUCUCGUCUCCAAGCGCAAGUUUAAGGAGAGCCUUCGGCCCUACGACGUGAUGGAUGUCAUCGAGCAGUACUCAGCCGGUCACCUGGACAUGCUUUCCCGGAUUAAAAACCUUCAAGCCAGGAUAGAUAUGAUUGUGGGUCCCCCGCCCCCUUCAACUCCCCGGCAUAAGAAGUAUCCAACCAAAGGACCCAUGUAUUCUUCCAAAGAAUCUCCCCAAUACUCGCCUAGAGUUGACCAGAUCGUUGGGAGAGGAUCUUCCAUGACUGACAAGGAUCGGACCAAAGGGCCAGCAGAGGGGGAGCUGCCGGAAGACCCCAGCAUGAUGGGCAGGCUUGGAAAAGUUGAAAAACAGGUUCAGUCGAUGGAGAAGAAGCUGGACUUCCUGGUGAACAUUUACAUGCAGCGGAUGGGCAUCCCACCAACAGAGACAGAAGCCUAUUUUGGGUCCAAAGAACCAGAUCCAGCACCUCCCUACCACAGCCCUGAAGACAGCAGGGAGCACAUUGACAAGAAUGGCUGCAUCAUCAAGAUCAUCAGGUCCACCAGCUCCAUGGGGCAGAAGAACUUCUCUGCCCCUCCAGCCCCUAACAACACAUGCCCGCCCUCAACAUCAUGCCAGCAGCAGGUCUACCAGCGGCAAAGCCAUGGCUCCUCGCCCGUCGGAGACCCCGGCUCGCUAGUCCGCAUCCCACCUCCUCCCUCCCACGAGCGCUCCUUGUCCGCAUACAGUGGUGGGCACAGGGCGAGCGCAGAGUACCUGAAGAAUGAAGACAUUACAACCAAACACCACGAGAGUGCCAUGAGAGACAGCGACACGUCCAUCUCCAUCCCCUCAGUAGACCACGAGGAACUGGAGCGCUCUUUCAGCGGCUUUAGUAUCUCCCAGUCCAAAGAGAAUUUGGACAUCCUUAACAACGGUUGCUAUGCAGCCGUAGCCAAAAUCAGACCCUACAUUGCAGAAGGGGAAUCAGACACCGAUUCUGACCUCUGCACACCCUGCGGUCCUCCUCCCAGGUCGGCCACAGGCGAGGGACCCUUCAGUGACAUGGGCUGGUCAACCCCCAGGCAGUGAAGCCUUCUUGCAGCCACCAAGCCACGUCUGAGCACUGGCAGCUGCCCAUUCCUGCUGUCCACGUGUCGAACUUCUCAAGGAGAUUGACAGCUAAGGUUUUCCUCCUUCUAGGACAUCCUUAGCUGGCAGAUACUUUCUUGCAGCUCACUCUGGGAGGGGAAUGAGCAGGUGCAAGCCUGCAUUUGUGGAAGAGGGCAUGGUGGUGAGCGAACUGGAGCCGAGAAAUCCAGAUUUCUUUCAUACUCUCUUUCUAAGAUCAUUAGGUGAAGUUAUUUCAUGGUGCAGGGUAGGCAGUUUGCAUUUCUUGGGAGUCCUCAGAAGUGCAGGGCAGGAAUAAAUCACCUGGCCAGGGCUUUUGGAGGUCACAGGAACUGGUGGCUGACAAGUGUUACAUGGGAAUUGCCACAUCAUGGCACUGGUGAUUAGACCUUUAGGUGGUUUGGAGUCAUGGAAUGAACAUGUCUGUUUCUGGCUUAGAUUUCAGUUCCGCAUAAUUACGGGGGUUGUUACUCUGUGGUUCCUCGUUAACUGUCAGGAAGGUGGCAUAAUUCCAAUAUAAUACAUGGAAAUGUUGUGUAGGACCCUGGAGGAGAGGGAUGGCGGCUGAAAUAGUUGCAUGAACAGAAGACAUGGCCUUAAAAGUGGGGCAGGUUAGGAUACUGCUCUGAACCCGAACCGUGUGGAAAUUAUCCUAUCUUAGGAAACUCAGAAAUAUGAGCUUGAGUGCAAGAAGAGAGACAACCCUGAGGGCAGAGAAAUGAGACAGAAAAGGAGGACAAGAGACUAUGAGGCUGGAAUUUUAUGUUUUAAACCAUGUAUUAUAUUUAAUUCUCUUUCCUCCUGUUGAUGAUGGACCUGGAGGUGCUUUGGAAGGAAAGGCAAACUAAAGGCAACCCUUCCGAAGGGCUGCCGUGGGGUGAAGCCAUCCUAAUGGCCAGCAGUGCUGCUGUGGUGGAGUUGCAGCCACCACGCCAAAGGGAGAGGGUGGAUAUGCAAGAUUCCGUGGUCCUCAACGUUGCUGCAAGUUAAUUGGUGAGCUCCAUCCUUUUGAAGCCCUGUUGGUCAGAGCGGGCACUUUUCUUACUGUUUGCAAUGUGUCUGAACAUUUUUGCACACACUACACCCUGUGAAAAUCUUUCCUUUCUUCCUCUGCCCUGCCAAGAAUCUCACACCCAUGCUCUGGGGACAUCUUUUGGUUUUGUUUGGGUCCCUCAAGCUGACUUAAGAGGUGCUUCUUUGUUUCUUCAUGGUCUUUCAGAAGCCUCUUACCUGUGCUUGCCUGCAAGCUGUGCCAAUCCAAGUCUGCCCUAUUUCAUUGUUGUUAAAGUGCUUUUUCUCGGAAGGACCAUUGUGUCAUUAACGAGAACCUCUGCAGUGCAUUCAGCUGGAGGAAGGGGAGAGGAAAAGUGAUGCUCAAAGUUUCUUUUGGGACCAAAACGAAGUCACAAAGUGAUCCUUUACAUGAAUAGGUUGGUGAGGUUUCUUUUCGCAAGGGCGUGGAUCAGGAAAAGUUGUGUUUGGGAUCCACCUCCAGGGUUGGGACACCAUGGCUGGUGUUGUGCCUCUGCACCCUCCCAUGCAUCUACAGCCCGAAUCCUGAGCGUGUUUUCCGCUGGGGCUGUGUUUGUGAUUUCAAAUCCUAUCUCUCCGCAUAUUCCCUGUGUGAUAUCCAGAGCCCGUUAAGGAUAUUUAGGUGACAAUUCCUUUCUGUGUGGCCUUUGAGGGGCUGAACAUUGACUUGCUUGGGUUGACGGGAGAAUCACAGCCUUUUUCUCUCAUCCUGUUUGCUUGACCAGAGAUAGCAACCAAUGGAGACCCAUGACUAUUUUGGCCUUAGGGAAGAUGUGGGUGCAGCCUGACAGCUUGCAGACAAGAAAUAAAAGCAUCCUUUUGCUCAUGUUCAGGACCAACGUGCAGGUUUUCACAUGGGAUUGAGGGGUGGGGAAAGGCUCUGCAUGACUUUUCCUGCCAUUUUUCACCACUCCAGAGGGGAAAACAUUUUUCUUAGAGGCGACCUGGGCUUCCAGCCAUGCGAAUUCCUUUCUUUCCUUCUUUGAUUCAUUUUUUGUUACCUCCAGCAAUUUUUCUCUCUCUACUUGUGCUCCAAAACUCCUUUUGGCUCCAGAUUUCUUUGUGCAAAGUGAACCCAGUGAUGCUCUUGACUUCCAUACAGAGAAACUUUUGAAUGCAAAAUGGCUCCGAAUUGUGCAGAUUUGCCCCUGGCACCUCCGCAAAACGAGAUGCCUUCUGGUAGAGCGAGAAAUACCAGCAGGUCCCAAAUCAGACUUUGUCACGUGUUUUCUAGUGACCACAAGAAUGUAAAUGGCACAGGGUGAGGCAAAAGUCAACAUUGCUCCUGCCAGCUGCUCACUGCAAAUUUCGUCCAAGUCAGAGAUAACAAAGAUUUAUUAUCUUAUUUAUUUGCAAUUAUUUUCUGAGGCCUGCUGGAAAUUUGGUAUGAUAUAAAGGCAGGAAUUUCAGAUGAGGAUGAUGGCAUAGAGUCCUGUUGCUGUACGGGUACCUGACUGGUCUUUGACAGAGGAGGCAAAGUCAAUAGGCCUUCAAGGCACAAUUUUUGCAGGAUGUCAUUUUCAUCAUGUCCUAUUUUUGAAUCCUUAUAGACUCUAUUUUGAAUGCCACUUUCCCAGUUCUUCUUGCAAAAUUGCUUUCUCGUGCCCUGAUGAUGUUACACCCUUGAAAGCAAAUACUGUCAGGGUGUUCCAAGGAGACGCAGUUCCACUGUGUCCUCUGAGUUACCCACACACUGAAAUCUGGCAGUCUUUAACCUCCUUUAAGGAGUGCGUAGAAAGAAUUGUCCUUAUCCUCUUCUAGUAAGUUAUUACACCUGAGUUUAUAAAGAUUUUCUGACUUGCAGCUUUAAAAGAUGUUGGAUUUGUCCCAUGGUCACUGAUAACAGAAAAUAGGUUUUAUAUAGAGGCAGUACAGAUUCUAUCUUGCUGCUACAAAUUUCACAUUAUAGUUUUUUGGGAAGACAUAAGAAAUAGUCCACAUUUAUCCAUGGCAUCGUUUCAAAGAAACUCUCACACACACCUGCAUCCCCAACCAUGACAUAGAUUAUCUCUUCUCAUUCAUACAGGUAAAAAGACUUGACUUGGAUUUUUGGGUUAACUUACACCAGAAUUAACUCGAGUUAACUCCAAAUAAUGCUUCUUAUUUCCCUGAAAUGAUUAAUGCCUGCAUAAAUGAGAACAAAGUCUGCUUGUUGCUUCUUCACCUAAAUAAUUUCCUUCCUGUCCUAAAUGAUAGUUGAAUACUUCCUGCAAAGCCUCCACUUUCCGUCCCUCGCUUCCCCCUUGCCUUUAUCACACCCUCCUGGUGGUGAUCUUCCACAGGAAAUCUUAACCACUAGAUUAAAAGAGAAGAAAUCAAUUUUAUUUUGCUAAUAAGGCAGUCACAAUGAUAAAAGACCUUUGUAAGGGUGGACAGGCAAACUUUGUCCCUCUGCUGAGCCUCUCUCAGGCUCGUCUUUGCUCCCCUGUUUUUCACAAGCCUGAUUCUGUAUUUUUCAGAGGACAGAAACAAGUUCUAGACAAUGCUGAGUGUGGACAGAGGAGAUCGAGGAGAGCUUAAGGAGAUGCAAAAGCCAAAUUUCCAGCGGGCCAUUGUGAACUGCUCUGGUUGUGUGUGCAAAGCCUGGUUUUGAGGUGCAUCCAUGCUGAACAUGAAGCCGUGGCCUUGGACCAGAGCCUGGGAUCUGGUCUCCAAGAAACUUCUGGUCUUUUUUUUUUUCUGAAUCUGGAUCUAGGUCUGGAGAGAAACACUGCAAAUGGCCCCACCUGUGGGAUGGAGCAAUCCCUGAGACCAGGACCUGAAGCCACAGUUUAUGGGUGUUUCAAGUCCAAAUGUGAGUUCAAGCUGGCUCAGGAGUUCAUGUCACUGAACAGGAGAUGUGGGUGGGGAUGUUAGAAUCUCUGUGCAGGUGGCCUUUCAUAACGUGACCCCGAGACAUAGUAACAGAGCAUUACCCGUAAAUUGAAUUUCCCAACAUUUGGGAAGGGACUUUAAUGUUACUCAAGUGCAGAUUUUGUAUGUGAUUUUCCUUGUUGACUCAUUUUCUUAUUAAUAAUUUUUAAAACAGAAAUGUCAAAGAUCUCCCUGAAAACAAACCUUUAGUCCAGCUCAGAAAGCCGUUCUGUUUCUUUAGACAGAUUGCAUGAUAGAUCAGGCUUUCUAAAAAUGUAUUUAUUUUCAAGUGCUGCUUAACAGAUCCAAAUAAAUUCUGCACGGUCAUUGCUAUUUACAGAUAAAAAGGUAUAUUUUUACAUUUUUAAUUGACUUUUAAGAUUUUAAAUUAUGUGAAUUUUUAGAACAAGUUUAUAUACUCUACUUGAGAAGCCAGAGCAUCAACUCAGACGCAAAUACUCCCCUUCCUAACAGAAAGAAAAUACACAUUUAUUUAUCUUUUUCUCCAGAGGGAGCUACAGCAAACCUGACUGCCCUUAGAUCCCCAGGAUCAAUACUGUCACACAACAUUAUUGGUAAAAAAAAAUGAAAGUUUUCAAAGAGAAACUGAAAUUCCUAGGGAAAUUCCUAGGGUAAGGACCCUUAGCAGUGAGUAUUUUAUCAGGAAUGUUAAAAGUCCCAGGAGCAGGCUAAGGAUUUCUGUUUCCCCACCUGUGCUCGUGUGACUCCUCUCAGCCCUGAGCCUCCAUCCCUUUCUUCCUGUGGUCCUCCGACCUGUGCCCACACACCCGCUCUCCAUUCUAGGUCAGCAUCUUCUGUUUUCAUCAUCAGCCUCCUUUUCAUCAACCAGAAACAAGGAAAUCAGAUACAAAAGCUCCUUCACCUGCAAGUAACAUUGAGGCUGUGAGAGGGAGAGCUUUGGCACGGGGCAGGAGGGUGGCAGCCCCCUCCGAGCCCCGCGUGGGUCACUCCAUGGUAUGAAAGCAAACUCUUGCUUUUAGCACACAAGCACCCCAAUGCCUUCUGCGUCACAGAGCAAAAUCUGCUUUGAGCGAGGGUGUGGGUUGGUUGUUUUUUUUUUAACAAUAACAAUAGGGUUUUUUUAAUAAUAAGGAUAAUAAUAAUGCAUAAGAGUCUUCUUUAGUAUAUCUUAGUGUUUGAUGCCCCAGUGACACAAUACUGCUUGCCUUAUAUUAGUGUCUAGAGGGAGAGGGAUUACACACAUUUUGAUACUCUAUUAAUCGCGCUUAUAAUUUAGGUAGCAGCAAGGAGCGGCUGCUGGAGGAGGAGCAGCCGGGUCCUUUUUAACGUAUGAAUGUGCUUUCCAGACUAUCUCACUGACUGUACUCUCAAUUUUGCCUGCUACUGCAUGCAGCCUGAGAUGAGUAGACAGCGAUAUGCUCCAGCUGUAUCUGCACUCCCAGAUUGCUGUAGUACCUGAUGAGGUAACAUUGCCAAAAGCAUCAUUUUGGGGAGAGGCCGUCCUCCCAGUGACCCAUCGCGUAGGGUGCUGCGGUGCUUCUGUAGGUAACACUGAUGUACCAAGUGUCUUUCAUGCCAUGCCUGAUCAUUGCACCGUCCCUCUGAUACAGCAUGCAUGAACUCCACUUUCACCACUUGUAACUAAGGGGUGAAAAACCCACGUUUGUACCUGUGGUUCCUUGAAAUGUGUACAUGGGGGAGGAAAAAGUAUGAAUUGUAUUGGCUGUGCGUAACAACCUCAUUUUGAUCCAGGUGGCUCUGAAGAAACGCAUCCCAGAUACCCCCUGCUGAGGGCUUGGAGGCAGGCAGUGCCAGGGGUGGACUGGUCUUCAUUUAGGAGAUGCUGUUUGAACCCACCCCUUUGAGACUUGCCCUAUGUCCAUCUUAAGUCUCAUAAGGUUCUCUCGCUUGCAUCCAGCUCUGGUGUACAUGUGCGUUUGUGCCUGCAGCCCCAACAGGAUAUGUGGGGGACUACGUGACUCCCACACUUUAGAAACCCCUCUUUGGAAAUUUGAGCCACCUUUGUCUACAGCCCUUGGGGGUCUCAAGGACCCUGCAGCUGUGCCAUAUCCAUUCCUUGUGGAAGCAUCUCUUACUCUCCUUACGGAGAGGCUCUGAGCUACCUUCAUAUAAAUGUUUUGCCACAGUUCUCCCCACUGUAGUACCAGACUGUCAGGGGACCUUCAGGGUUUGCCCACCUUGUUGGGGUUUGCAGUCUCACAUAUCUCUUCACGCUGCUGUCGUUAUCUUGUUUGAAACUCAUCCCGUAUCCUCACCUUCCUUGUCCAGACUAUAUAUAAGUGAAGGUGUAAUGCCAGCACUCUGCUCUGAGACUUGCUUUUGGCCUGGCAUCACUAGAUGCACCAGGGAGCCUUCGUGUUUUGUUAGCAUGACAGUUUGGCUUUUUUGUUGGCAAUUAUUUGCUUCCUCAUUGAGCCACCGUGGCCUCAACACAUCCCUGGUUUGUUGUGCUGGAGCCUUUCAGCGCAGGGAUGGAGUCUAUUUUCCCCUGCUGUGCAGUCCUCUUGGUUUCAGCUGAUUGCAGUGAAACAGGGAUAAGGGUUCAGGUUUUCUUGUCAAGCUGAACGUCUUAGAGAAGAGGUAACAGAUUCUAGCAGAGGGAGUGCCCUUGCUCCCUGAAGCAAGAGCUGCUUUCAAGACCCCAGUCCCCUUCAGUGGUCCACACAUGUGGCUUUGCAUGCCAGGCUCCAGCUUGAUAACGGGGAGAAAUGGAAAGCAGCUGGUCCAAGCUGUGCUGUUUCCCAAGCUGCCAGUGAACCUGGAAGCAUCUUGCCCUCUUCUAAUUCCUGUAAAUAGUGCCGCAGAUGAAUUGUUCCAGCAGCAUUUCUUUGCCUAGUCCUGAGAAACUUGAGCUAACCGCAAAGCUUUCCAAAACUCAGUGCCAAGCUCAGGCUAGAUUUCACCUGCAGCUAUGCCUAAAAUUUUAGGGCAAGGUUAAUGGUUUCAAGUAGAAGCCAUGCCAAAAAUCUCCAGUUCGGAUGAUUCUGGCCUAAAAUCAAGGCUGAAUGUCACGCUGCUGGAAUUUCAGCUCCAUUUGGCACUGAUGACUGUGGACUUGGGGAGAUGCUCCCUCCUUCCCACUCCACACAAGAAAAGGUUGGCACAAACCUUGCAAGCCAAGAUGAGAAAAUACCUCCUUAUUUUAGCAUGCCAUGGGCACCUGCCAUUGGUAGAAGCAGUAUUUCACAGUAAUCCCUUAAUCCUAAUCAACACAGUGUCCAUGACUCAGUAUUUCACAUAUGCGGUGAUGCUCGUGAAAGGGAUUUAUUACAGAUGUGGUUAUAGAGGGCUCAGUCCUUCAGCGUCUCUGUAGACACCGUGUUCAGCCUUGCUGAUGACCUGAGAAGUCAUCAAAGCUGGUGACAGGUCAUUUCUGUCCUGCCUGGUCCAGCAUCUUCCCUGGAGCUGAAGCCAUCCCGUGCUCCUGGCAGGAGGUAGGAUGGGGACUCCUCUGUGUUGGUUUCUCUUCUCUACCCCCAAACCCUACAAAUUUGAAGUUUCUUCACAUUUUCCUCAAAAAAAAUCGUGCGUGAGGUAGAGAACCUGAGACUUUCAGCAACAAAGAGGCAAAACAAGACGUAGCUGAUAAAUGACAGAGAUUUUGUUAUUUUAAACCAAGAGCAGAUUUUAAACAUAGUUGCACUUGCUGCGUGGUAUAUCAAAUGCUUUAGGAGAUUCAAUAAACUAUUCUUAUAAAGGUUUUAUUCUUUUAUCAGUAAUUCGUAUAGGUGGGUGUCACUGUCCUUAUACAGCAACGCUCCACACGCUAAAACUAUACUCCUGUUUUGUCAAUAUAGACAUUGUAUUUAUGAGAUUUAUCUUGCUUAGUGUCACUUUGGCACAAUAUCCACGUGUACUGCACACUGAUUGCACAUUACAUGCCAAAUGCUGAUAGGUAUCACUACACGUAAUAAGUGUAUGUGUGUUGAACAGACACCAAACGAAGCGUUACCUGCCUAGUUUGUGAUGUAACUGGGAAAAGAGGAGAAUGAAGAUCUUGUUUUGUUACGAAAUGCACUGCAUUCAAAUGCUUCUUUAAACAGAUUUUAAAGGGAGCUGAAAUAAGUGAAAAUGCCUCUGCAAUGUUACUUAAAAAUACCUGAACAAAACAAACAGAGCCCGAAAAUACUUAAUAACUGCUGUAUUUCUAUAUAGUCUUCAUUGCUAUUCAUCUGAACUGUAAAUUCUGUACAGAUUGAAUGAAGUUCACAGUUUAUCUUUGUUAUAACCUGCAAGAUAAAAGGACAACACAACUUUGGCUGCAAAAAUGUGUGCAUGUUGUUUGCAUACACGCAUAUACCUACUGGUGUAUGUGCAUGUGUCUACAAACACAUCACACACAUCCUUUAAAACAGGUAAAGCUGCAUCUGCGAUUCACAUGGGGUCAAAAAGGUUCUAUUUUGGCAAUGGGAGAGUGGGUAAAACCAAAUCAAAAGCCACAUUGCAAUAAUGUAUUUCUAUCGAAAAGGAAGAUUUGAAAAGGAGAUUGAUGUGUAACUGCCACCCCGAGGAGAAAUCCCAUUCCUGAAGGCAGCACGGGCCACGCAGCAGUGAUGCAGUUGUUUGAAAUGAUAAUUUCUUUGGCUUCCUUUCAAACAAACAAACAAAAGAAUGUAGCGGCCAGUGCUAAUUCCGAGUUCGAACCAAAAAGCCCAUUCCUGGGACCUGUGGCCAAACAGUUGUCCCAUGCCAUUAGAGAGCCAAGGGCAAAGGCUUUAUGUGCUGUGACAGGGUGGCCCUGACGGCAGCAGUGUUGGCUGGUGGACAGUGCCACCGUCUCCCACAGACCUGGCAUCACCCCAGUUUGGGCAGAGAAUCCCGCUGCCCUGUGGGCCCUGCUCUCACCUUUGCCUAGGUAUUUAAAAAAAGCCCCUAGUUAAGAGACAUUUAAGGAAAGAGUCAUCAAAAGCCCAUUAUUUAUCUUAGAGUUGUUAAAGAAGUGCAUUACAAUCAAUAAGUCUGCUUUUCCAAGCAGGUCAGUCUGCAGACUUCAAUUGCCCCAUACAGAGAUUUCACCAACCUCAUCAAAUAAAUCAUCCUCUAGGAUUUACUUCCGCCCAUAGUUUCACAGGUAUAAGAUCUAAAUUGGGUAGAACUUCUCCCUCAGCAUUUAAUCUAAACAAAGAAAGGCAUGAAGAGCUAAGUUUUCCCGUUAAACACUGCUGGAUGUCAUUGAAAAAAAUUACCAGAUUUUUGCAUUGGCCUGAAAUUCAUUUCUAGGUCCAAAUUUAUUGGACCAAAUUUAUGAGACACUUCAGUCCCAAAUUUGUUUGUAAGCAAAGGGUAGCUGCGUUACUGGAGUAUGUUGCUCUUUCCUUGAGAUACCUUGAAGCUAUCAUGGUUUCUAUCAGCAUCUGGCUCAUUUGGCCUUAACUAGGCAAAGAACGGUUGAUGCAUUUCCCCGACGGUGAGCUACGAGGUGAAUUUCACACCAGGAGAGGCCGUUGUCGCUUGGUGUGAAUGUCGGUGCUGCACGCCCUCGCCUCCCGCUCGUACAAAUCUGGGGCUCAGUUGAGCGUGAAAGUUUGGUUGUCCUUUAGAAAGCAAAGACAGCUGCUGCUUUGCUUCCUUUGAUUUGCUCUGUUGCCUUGGCUUUUUUGCACUUUCGUUUCAUCUCCAAAGAAUCUCUCAUAAUGCCUUUGGUACUUCUGUACACUUUGAAACUGUUUUGUAUGUAUGAAAUGGUACACACGUUCUCUUGUAAAAUAGCACUUGGACUUGGGUUGGGUUUUCUUUUUUUGGUGAAUGUGUAAUUUCCUCUGUACAUUUCAAUCAUGACUUUGUGCAAUGUACAUUUUAUAAGGACAGAUGCCAAGGGAAUGACCUGUAGUUUUCUAAGGAAAUAGCUAGAAUGACACAGUCACAGAUGGUUCUACAUUAGCACCGCGGAAAAGCAACGUAGCCCAGGCUUUUACACUGAAGCGCUGAGUGUGAUGCAGCGUGUACCUUCACACGAAUGACUGUGGCAGCUGCAAAACUGUAUAGGUGUGAUAUUAAAAACAACAUCGACGGUUGCCAUUGGAAGGGAAAUGGUGGGAAAUUAAAUAAUCACAAUCAUUAAUUCAAGCCUCAAAGCAUCAGAAUGGAAAAUUUGCAUUCAGUAAAAAUACCAGAGAUUUAACCUUCAUGAGAUGAAAUACACAUUUAUUUUUCUUUGCACUUCUCCUCUUUGCUUCAUUU